AUGCUUACCAGAGUGAUUCUAGCAGCAAUCCUACUUUCUGGCUCCUCGAGCAAGGUCGCUUAUGGUUGGGGUACUCUCGGCCACGAGACGAUCGCUUGGAUAGCGCAAUCAUACGUUGCCUCCGCCACAGAAACGGCAAUACGGGCUGCCUUGGAUUCUAAUACGGCCGACUACAUGGCGAACGUGUCAACUUGGGCGGACUCUUAUCGUUACACCAGUGCUGGUGGAUGGUCUAGAUCUCUUCACUAUAUUGACGCCAAUGACAGCCCCCCUACUACAUGCUCGGUGGACUAUGAGCGAGACUGUGGCAAUUCCGGUUGUAGUGUCAGUGCCAUUGUCAACUAUACCUCAAUUUUAUUGGACGGUAAUACGAGCGAGCCGCUCAAGAAGGAUGCUGUCAGGUUCCUGAUCCAUUUCAUUGGCGACCUCCACCAACCACUGCACGACGAGGGCCUAGAAGAAGGCGGGAACGGCAUCAAUGUAACCUACGAUGGAGACGAGACCAAUCUACACCACAUCUGGGAUACGGAAAUAGUCGAGCAACUAGCGGCUGGGGCUGACGCCGAGGCAUUCGCCAAAACCCUGACGGCAUCGAUCAAGGCUGGAGAGUACGGUUGGGACAGCGAUUCGUGGCUCCAGGGAGCAGGCCUGAACGACACACUCGCGACAGCCAUGAUUUGGGCCAGUGAGGCCAACGGUUACGUGUGUAGCGAGGUCUUGAACGGAGGCGUCGAUGCGGUGGAAAAUGAAGAUCUGAGUGGAAGUUAUUACGCUGCACACUUUGAUGUGGCUCGCAUUCAGCUGGCGCGUGCGGGAUUCCGCUUGGGCGCGUGGUUGAAUCUCAUCGUUACUGGAAAGGAGCAGUAA